AUGGCGGAAGGCGACCGCGACGCUUAUCGCCGCCAGCAGGCUGCGCUCGCGAGAGAAAAGGAGAUCAUGAAGGAUGUCAAAGGUUGGGUGAUUGAUAUCCUUCGAUCGAUCUCUUGCUUCCGCUCGGCAUUCUACCCGCUACUUGAUAUCCAGCCUGGGUCAAGUGUGUACAACAAUCCCAAAUAUCACUCGCCGGAGAUUGUCAUCCUGUGA